AUGUGUUAUUUCCAGGGAGUUGUUGGUUCAUUGAGGAGUGGGAAAACAUCUUUAGUUCAUCGCUUUCUUACCGGAGCUUAUACGAACGAAGAAUCACCCGAAGGUGGUCGAUUUAAGAAAGAAGUUGUUGUUGACGGCCAAAGUUAUCUUCUUCUGAUACGUGACGAGGGUGGUGGGACUCCGGAGUAUCAGUUUUCGCAGUGGUUUGAUGCUGUAGUUUUUGUAUUUUCUUUGGAUAGUCGAGAAAGUUUUGAGACGGUAUUGCGAUAUUACAGUCAGAUGGCUAAGUGUAGAAACUUAAGCGAUGUUUCGGUACUACUUGUUGGGACACAGGAUACGCUAAGUGAAACUAAUCCACGGGUAAUUGACGAACAAGAAGGGCGUCAAAUGGCCAAAAAUAUACCUCGAUGUACAUAUUAUGAGACAUGUUCAACUUACGGAUUGAACGUAGAACGUUUGUUUAAGGAUGGUUAG